AAGCUCGCACUGUUAUCAUAAAACAGCUGAUUACCUACUGACGUUCUUCCUCAAGGGUGAAUUUUUACUGGUGUGGCGUCAGUAGCAAUUAUUAACGAUAUAGGUAUCACUUUGAAAAAGUGUUUUUUCCACGUUAUACGUUUACAAUUUAGAUUAUUUCAAUUAUUUACGCAAGUUUUAUAAGCUUCCCAAAGCGCCCUCAGUACACUUCUUAUUUGUCUGAGUUCAAAAAGUAAUAUAGCUAUGGCUGAAUUCCAAACAAAGUACAACAUUAUUGAUGAAAAACCGCCAUACAAUGCACCAUUGAAAGCACAAUACAAACAAGGUUUUGCGUUUUAUACCAUGAAAGAACGCCUCCCUGUCAUCUUGACACAGGUAAUUGAUCAAUUGUCCAAGGACAAAGAACAAAUCGUGGAACAUUUCGGUGAGAUGGCGCGCGAAGAACUGAAGCAUGCGAUCGGGGAAAUUUCCAAACUGAAAUACGAACUGCAAACCGAUAAGGAGCUAAAGCCGAUCACGAGUUCGCUAGGUGAUGAGGAGUUGUGGAAUACGUUUCUCGAGACGCUCGGAGAAGAAAACACCUACUACUCAAGCUGCUGGAUUUACGCAGAGACCUACAUGUACCGGAGGUUAAACAACAUCUUCGAGCAAACAGCUACUUUAAAAAAGUUGGAUUAUUUUCAACAGCAGAAGCACAAAACUUUGACAAAUUCCUAUGGUGCUAUUAGCGCGGUUUUACAAUCGAUUGACGUUUUCAACCAAAACUACAGUCGGAAUGAAACAGAGCUUGGUGCUUUUUUCAUCAAAAUGUUGAAACUCAACCUUUGGGGUAAUCGGUGUGAUUUGUCGAUAACCGCCGGUCAAGAUGUUAAACUGGAUGGAGACCCAUUUAGUUUACUCGAAUCUUUGGACAGCUUUCUCAUAAGUGACCACACGGAUGUUAUUUGGCAAUGUGUUAAGAACUCCAAAGAUGGAGAAAUUGACAUAAUCAAUGACAAUUCUGGCUACGAACUAUUUACGGAUCUAUGCCUAGCGGAUUUUAUAAUCGAGCAUCAGCUGGCACGAAAAGUGAAUUUCAACGUAAAAGCUAUUCCUUGGUAUAUUUCCGAUGUUACACCUAAAGAUAUGCAAUGGACGUUAGACACUCUGAGCGCGCAUGAAAAUCCUUUGAUUGCUGCAUUUGGAAAACGGUUGCAGAUGCGGUUUGAGGCUGGCAGCUUGGAUCUGAAAGCAGUGCAUAACUUCUGGACGUCUCCUAUGGAGUUUCACCGAAUGCAAGAAUUCAGUCCAGAGUUGUAUGAUGAUCUGACUAAAUCUAGUCUUAUUAUUUUCAAAGGUGAUUUGAACUAUCGAAAGUUGCUUGGGGACUUUAACUUUCCAUACACGACCCCUUUUCGGGAAGCGCUGCGUGGCUUCGAACCGACUAACCUGUGUACCUUGCGCACAGUCAAAGCAGAUUUGAUCUGCGGAAUCAAGGAAGGACUAUCUGAGCAACUAUUCGCUAAGGAUGAUCGCUGGAUGGUUACUGGCGAAUACGGAGUCAUCCAAUUUGCGUCCAAAUAGCGCAAGCUGUAAAAAUCGUUUGUGUUGCGAAUGGUUUACUCAAUAGUCGAAUUGAAAAUUUAGCUGUGUGUAUUGUUUUUUUUUCUAACUUUCAGUGUCUCUCUCUCUCUCUGUUUCUGUGCCAUUGCGUAUUUCUGCUAAAUAUUUUAAAAAUUAACAGUUUUCUGGCAAUCUAAAUUAUAGCCGGUAAAAUCAUUGAAAAAAUGAUUUCAAAUAUAUUUAUAAAUAUUCAGGAUUCACAACAUAACUUUGAAUAUCUUGUUAGUGAUUCUCACAACAAACCUACCGUAAGGCGCCCUAAUUCUCCGCGGUUCUUAAUUCUGCGCACUUCGUAUUAAAAUGUUAAAAAAUAUCAAUUAAAAGCAGAUUUUCAAAAAUGAAGUUUGGAAGUAAUUUCCUAUAUAUUAACUGUUAACUUUCUGCUUAUGUUUCCUUUUUUACUAAACGGCAUCAACAUUUUGGUACGAAGUGCGCAGAAUUAGGACGCCUCACGGUAAUCAAAUAUGGAUCGAUUAUUGCAUAACCAUCAAAGUGUGGCAUGACAAUAGAUUGAUAAAUACUUACAUGAAAUUUAUAAUAUGACACCAAAACCAGAUUUAUUGAUUAAAAUUUCACGGAAAGACGUAGCCCUACAUCACUGCUGCUGAAGUUCUUAAAAAACAGCAAAGCAAUUAACAAGUCAGAUGGAGGAUUGAAACACCAAACUGCUAACAGGCAAA